UUAAAAAGAAAAUCACAGUGCACUAAAUUCAUGCGCUGUAUCGUCGCACAUAUUUUUUUACUUCAUCAUGGCUAACCUUUGGUUGCCAUGGUAAUCGAAGAGGAGGGAACGACGCGACACAGUGCAUGAAAUUACGGUGCGCAGAAUAACUGGUAGCCGUCCUCUUGAGUCGUGUGUUCUCCAUUUUUCAUCAAUAUCAUGACAGGAGCCAAAAAGAAAAGUGAAAAGGGAGGGAAGAGUAAAAAAGGCGCCAAAAAGAGUGGAGGUAACCGCAGCCAAAUCAUUCUUGAUGGUGUACCUCUGGCAGCGAUGACUCGUGAUCAGCUGGAAGGUCACGUUUCCAGGCUGCGUCAGGAGCUGGACCGGGAGCGAGAGGAACGAAGCUUCGUGCAGCUCGAGCUGGAGCGCACGCACCGCCUGUGGGAGGUGGCGACACAGUCCCUACUGCACGAGACCAGCAAAGCAAGGUUGAAGGACGCAGAGAUGGCGGCUGCGGAGGAAUAUCACCAGCAGCAGAUCAAGGUGCUGCAGCACAAGAUGAAGAAUGUCAUCGGAGAGCACCAAGACACGCUCGCUGAUUUACAGGUGGCUGGUCAAAAAACUCUUGGCAGUUUACGAGAGGCCAACCAGCGAGAAGAAGCCAUGACGAUGAAGCAGCUGCAAGAAGUUCACGAUAAGAUGGCCGAGUCCGAAGCCCGCUACCUCACCACCAUUGCCAACCUCAAAGUGGCCCAGGCUCGGGAACUGCAAGAAGAAAGAGAGAAACUCCGAGCUGAAGUUGCAGCCAUUAGCAGGAAACACGACGCGAAACUCGAGGACCUCACAGAGCAACUCGAACUCAAAUGCAAAACAGAACUCGAACUGCAGGAGGCGCGAAAAAAUAAGUUCCUGGAAGAAGUGCUGGAAACACAGAAGGAGCGGAUCAUGCAACUGAAAGAAUACUACACAGAAGUUACUGAAUCAAAUACCGCGGAAAUUGAACGACUCCGGGCUAGCAUAGAGGAGCAGGCAUCGCGGGAGGGUGCUGUGGAGCGACGCAUCGCCGCAGUAGAGGAGGAGCGGUCGCGCCUCCGCGUCGAGAACCAGUCCUUGCUCCAGAAGGUGGCAGACUCCAGCAGGGCGCAGCAGCGCUCACAAAAUCUCGAGCAAAAUCUCAAGAGCAGCAGCCGCCGCGUCAAGCAGCUGACGGCCGAGAAACAGGAGCUGCAGUGCACGCUUGAGACGCUCGUGCAGAAGUCGGAGCAGCUGGAGGGUGAGCGCGACCAGCUUUACGAGCAGCUGGUGACGGUCGUGGGUGAAGUCCGGCAGCGCAGCGAGAUGAGGAAUCUCGUCCUGGAGAACAAGCUCAUCCAGCUGUCAGACCAGCUGGAGAAGCGCGAGGCCGUUCUGUCUGAAGUGUUGGCAGCAACCAGCAUGGAUCCCGUCUCAGUGGCACAGGUCACGAGGCAACUCGAGGGCAUCAUACAAGAGAAGAAUGAGAGCAUCUCCGCUUUACGCAGUGAAGUUGCUUCUAUCAGGCGCCUGUACACCGACCUCCUGGACAACGAUCAAAGUCGCAGCAAGUAGCUGGCAGCGCUCGGUCCAGAGAUCAGAAAUACAUUGAUUUUCUAGCGUUAAGAUCGAGCCUCCAACAUCGCGCCAAUCACAUCAGAUUGUGUACGAUGAAUUCCUCGAGACAUCAGUAUAGUGACGGCGAUGCGAGCAAGAAAUUAAAAACUAGAUGAGCCAGAGGCACGCAACCGAUGUUACUGCUGGAAAACAGUGUUGUAGUAAAGGUGGUUGUAGCCGAUAAUCAAAUUUUCGAAAAGCCUUAACACUUGUCAAUAAGUAGCGAAGAUUGUUUUAGUGUUAACAUAGAGCCUUCUGCCUGCCGCUUUGUGCAAGCGGCGUCCAAAUAAAUAUAAAUUCAUUUCGCUUCAGCCCAUGUCCAAAAAAUCUUCACACAGAGAAAUAAUAUUUAUUUACAAUCAUUUGACAAUCGAAACAUUCUAAAACCGAAUAGAAAAGCGGGCGACUAUCAAUUAAGGUUUCAUAAUGAUGUCCGGCACGAUGCAGGACUCUACGAUUCAUUAAUUGCACAGAAAACGAAACAAUGUAAAUAAUAGAAGCCGCAUAACCGCUAACUAAUGGCACUGACCUCAUUCAUGGUCUAGGCUCUAGACUCUAGAAGCUAGCAAUUAACACUGAUAAUUAAUUAUUCAUACAAAUUCAGGCACAAAAAUUUCUAGGUGACUUAUUUUAUGUACAUUCUUGGUGCUCUUGAUGGAUCAUUGAGUCCCAAAAUCGUUACUUUGAAAUUACUAAAUUACUUUGAAUUCAACAAACGCGAAGACCAAACAUUAAGUAAAUGAACGAUUUUGUUAGAAAGUUCAGAUCACUCGGGGGUCAUGAAUAGUGAUCCAACUUUUCAGAAAUUAUUUCACAGUAUUAGAGUAUAAAUGAAACUCUGCAGAAUAUUUAGUACAUCGCAGAAACUUCGGUCUAUCGAUAGGCUCCUCCAAAAUCUAAAAAUAUUCCCCUGAAUUUUAGCACUCGUCAGAAUCAAACGGCAAGCAAAGAAAAAAAUGAAAACGAACUUUCAGCAUAUUAUAGAGCUUAUACGUUGUGUGACAAGGUACCAAUUAAGCUCUCCUUUCACGGUACAAACUUAAGCUUCAGUAAAUUUGCAGCAACAUAAACGCCGUUUAGAUCAUCCGUCUUUAAAGUCAAGACUGGCGUCUCUCAGUUGGUAGGGCUGAAGUGGUUGGGGUAGAGAAUCCUUGUGUGCAUCUCCCGUAUGAGCGGCACGGUGUAGGCGACCACCUCGUCCCAGCCAGGGUGUUGCCAGGCGUCCUCACGGGACUGCUUGCGAUGGUCCAUGUCCGAAUAACCUAGUUAAUCAAACCGGAAUGAAAUCAAUGCAAAGCAGUGCUUUCUGGGUUUUCAACUUUGAUAACCCCAAGUAACUUAUCGGGUGUUCGAAACUCCACCAAGAAUCUUUCCUAGAAGUGGAGUUCAAUUUAGCUAUAGAUGACUAUGCUAAAACUUUGUAUCUUUUUUAUCUCCGGACUGAUCAAUUUUUUUCUACUGGACAGAAAGUUGUAGGCAUAUAGCAAUACCCCGACUCAAAGGCGGUAAUCGUUAGUCGUAGUCGAGAACGAUCAUUCGUAUGAAGGAAAUUGGAUCAUACAGUUUCGUUAUGAAAGUUCAUCCAAAGUAAAAUAUUUAGUUCCUCAUUACAAUUACUACUGUCAGGUCUGCCCAUAAGGAAGAAGAAAGCGAACAAUUAGUACAGUAGGUCUAACAGUAAUUGUGAGGUAACCCUCGUACAUCAUGUAACUAAUAAUCUAGAGAAAUAAAGACAAAAUUAAUUGAAAUCGGUGAUGAAAAAGGUCGAAAAGCCAUGAGGCAUUGCAAAGGUAAUUAAGGAAGGCGGUGUUUAACUAAAUAAGCAAAACUAAAAAAAACUCUGCUAAAACCUUCAUGAGCAGAACUACAGCUCUGAAGUAGAAUGCGUCUACAAAAGCUACAACAGUCAUGCCAAAACUGUUCUGAGGUGCAAAAAGAACACCUUACCUCGAACACACGGCCUGCGUCUACAGCAGCUGCUGCAUGACACUUUUAAUUCACAUAUGUACAAUUGCAAUACCCAAGUUUCAAUUCCCUUAAUGCUAUGCCAUCAAUUAAGUUAAGGAAUUUUGCAGAAUAACGUAACUCGAGGGCGAUUUUUGUCUCAUUUACCCGUUGAGUUCUU